AUGUUGGAUGAUAAGAUGAAGGGUGAGGGGAACAAUGAGGGCAAGGGCAAGGAUGCUAAGGAGGGUGCAAGGGUGAUGGCAGCAAGGGGGGCAACUUGGUUCACCACUGAGAAGGUCAUUGAGAGCUUGUUUGGCAAUGGGGGUGGUGAUGGGAGUGGGGGUGUGUUUAAGGUUGAGUCAGAAAGUGUAGGUCUCCUUGAGGAAGAUGAUGGCGAGGACGAGAAGGAAGAUGAGGAGGGCAAUGAGGAGCCAGCUAGUGAGGAGAAGAGCAAUGAGGAGUGUAGUGGAUGUCAUUGA